AUAUUAAAAAUGAGUAAGCUUCAAGCUUCAAUUAACUACCAAUAUCAACUUGAUAAUACAAGUUCUAAUGAAUUGCAUAAUUCAGAUGAUGAGUCUGUAGAUACAGCUUCUUCUAAUAAUAAAGUACAAAUGUUUAGAGAAAAUUUGAAUAAAGAAUCAGGAGAAUUAGAUGAUGAAAUUGAUAUGAGUGUAUUAUGA